AUGGCAACCUUCACCAUUCCACCGCCAGUCCCUCUGGAGAUAGACUCGACAAAUCUGGCAACGAGCUUCAAGAAGUUCAAACAGGCAUUCGGCAAUUUUGAGCUGGCGACGGGGAUAGCGAGCCGCGACGACUCCCUGCGGGUAGCCACCCUACUGGCCGUAAUCGGGCAGCCGGCGGUAGACCUCUAUAACACCUUCACCUGGGACACGGCAGCUGACUCCAAAGUGUUCCAAAAGGUACUCGAUAAAUAUGAGGAACACUGCAAAGGGCAUGCCAACACCACUUAUGAACGCUAUAUUUUCAACACUAGAGUUCAGAGAGAGGGCGAAUCGUUCGAAAGCUUUGUCACGUCCCUCAAAUCGUUAGCUGAAACAUGUGAGUUUGAAUUGCUGACAGAAUCUCUCAUUAGAGACAGAAUAAUCCUGGGAAUGCGAAAUUCCAACAUUCGUCAGCGACUUCUUCGCGAAGCAAAAUUGACAUUGGAACAAACAGUUACAAUCGUCAGGGCUGCUGAAGCAGCUACUGCACAUGCCAGCGAAAUCUCGAAGAGUGCGGCAACAACCUCUGAUGUGCACUACGUCAAUAGACAUCAACCAAAUCGGAAACCUAAAGGUAAACUGCAUCAACAAUCGAAGUCUAAAGUCUGUCGCAACUGUGGUGACAAGUAUCCUCACAGUGAUCAAUGCCCGGCACAAGGAAAAACGUGUUCAUUCUGCAAGAAACCAAAUCACUUUGCCAAAAUGUGCCGAAGUAAGCUCAAACAAGCGGAAGUUAAUGUCAUGGAUCAAAUGUCCCAACAACCAUCGUCACAACCACAAUUAGCUCAAGAUUCGACCUCUGAGGACUAUCUGUUUGCUCUUGGCUCAUCUGACGAGAGUAAUCAAUUGCUCAGAGUAUCAGUGCUCAUCAACAAUGUUAUGACAUUUGUCGUCAUCGACACCGGCGCUUCAGUGAAUAUUAUGAGCAAAGAAACAUUCAACACUAUCUCCCAACAGGAGCUACUACUUGAACCAACAGACAGACAAGUCUAUGCAUUUGGUGCUAACAGUCCCAUUGAUGUUCUGGGGAAAAUCUCUCUUCCAGUACGCCACAAGACACAGACGCAAACGGCUGUAUUCUUUGUCACUGAGCACAAUGGUCCAACACUCCUACGCUUGAACACUGCGAAAAAGCUUCAAAUGAUCGCUGUAACGUACAAUGUUCAUGCUGCACCAUCGAUUAUUGAUGAAUUCAGUGAUCGAUUCAGUGGACUUGGCAAGCUCACUGGAGUCACAUGCAAGCUGCAUGUAAAUCCAUCCGUCACUCCUGUAACUCAGCCACAUCGCAGAAUACCCUUUCACGUUAGGCGUAGUGUUGAAGCUGAACUGAAACAUUUACAAGACUUGGACAUUAUUGAGCCCGUGCAUCAAGAGCCUACGCCAUGGGUUUCUCCAAUUCGAGUUGUGCCUAAACCAAAGCAACCAGGCAAAAUCAGACUUUGUGUCGACAUGAGAGCUGUCAACAAGGCUAUUGAGAGGGAACGACAUGUCACUCCAACUAUCGACGACAUAUUAGCUCACCUCAAUGGAGCGACAGUCUUCACGAAGCUUGAUCUUAAUGCAGGGUAUCAUCAGAUUGAGCUAGAUCAAGCAUCACGCUAUCUCACUGUUUUCUCGACCCAUGUUGGUUUGUAUCAGUACAAGCGAUUGAAUUUUGGAGUGAACAGCGGAGCGGAGCAAUUCCAGAAUCUAAUUCAAUCUGCACUUGCAGGUCUUCAAGGCGUGAUCAACAUCAGUGAUGACAUCUUGGUGUAUGCCAAAAAUGAACAAGAACACAACGAACGACUGAUGAGGUGCAUGCAACGUCUACGAGAGAAGAACUUAACUCUGAAUCGUGACAAGUGCGAAUUCAACAAGUCUUCAGUUGAGUUUUUUGGGCAUAUCUUCAGUUCAUCAGGCAUAUCUCCCAGCCCAACAAAAGUCAAGUCAUUGAUCGAAGCAGCACCGCCCAGCAAUCGAGAGGAGGUCCGAAGUUUCCUGGGUUUAGCCAAUUAUUGCGCAAGGUUCAUCCCAAAUCUUGCUUCACUGUCGGAACCUCUUCGCGAUCUGACAAGACAGAGCGUGCCAUGGUCAUGGGAAGAGCGUCACACAAACUCCUUCAACAACAUCAAGCACGCGAUCGCACAGCACUGCCACAUGGCAUAUUUCGACUCGCGUCGUCAGUCAACUGUCAUAGUAGAUGCCAGCCCCGUUGGGCUCUGUGCAAUGCUCGUCCAGGGAGAUGAUCGAUCCAACAGCAUCGUAGCACUAGCAAGCCGUUCACUUACAUCUGUUGAGAAGCGUUAUUCACAGACUGAACGCGAAGCCCUAGCCGUCACUUGGGGCAUUACACACUUCCAUCUCUACCUAUAUGGCAGCAAGUUCAAGGUUAUCACAGACCAUAAGCCACUUGUGCCAUUAUUCAAUAGAUCUCAUUCAUCUCCACCAGCGAGAAUAGAAAGAUGGAUGCUUCAUCUUCAGCAGUAUGAGUUUGUACUAGAAUAUCAACCAGGAGCAACCAACCCAGCCGACUACUUAUCGCGACAUCCAUCGUCUAGUACAUUGACUGUUGAGCCAAACGCGGAAGAGCACAUCAACUUCAUCAUCGAGAAUGCAGUGCCAAAGUCGAUCAGCAUGGAUGAGAUAGUGGAAGCGACCACAUCUGAUCCUGUCUUGCAAGCAUGCAUCAAAGCUAUUGAAGAGAAUAGUUGGCACUCAGUCGCACAAGAGUUGCAGUGUUUCAAAAAUGUGAAGAAUGAGCUCAGUGUCGCAAAAGACGGAAAAGUGUUACUCCGUGAUCACAGAAUUGUGAUUCCGUCUAUGCUUCGAGAUCGCAUCAUCACAAUCGCACACCAAGGGCACCAAGGUGUAGUUCGCACAAAGCAGCUGAUUCGCGAAAAAGUCUGGUUCCCCGGUAUUGAUAAGCGUGUGGAAGACAAGAUCAGUCAGUGUAUUCCAUGCCAAGCAACGAGCAAUUCUACAACGCGUGAGCCAAUACAAAUGUCAACACUUCCAACCCACCCAUGGAAGGAAGUCAGCAUUGACUUCUCUGAUCUUCCAACUGGAGAGCAUUUGCUUGUCAUUAUUGAUGAUUAUAGUCGAUUUCCAGUAGUUGAAAUUCUUACGUCUGUUUCGAGCAAAGCUGUUAUUCCUCACUUGGAUCGCGUUUUCGCAAUAUUCGGUGUUCCAGAAGUAGUCCGCACAGAUAAUGGACCACCUUUCAAUAGUGAAUAUUUCAGCAUGUUUGCGCAAUACCUCGGAUUCCGCCAUCGCAGAGUUACUCCACGAUGGCCACAAGCCAACGGAGAAGUUGAGCGUUUCAUGAGAGUCCUAAAGAAGGUGAUUCGCACAUCCACUGCAGAGCGUAAAUCUUGGAAACAAGAGCUGUACACGUUUCUAAGAAAUUACCGAGCUACUCCACAUAGCACAUCUGGCAUACCACCAGCAACGGUCAUGUUCCAACGUCCAAUCCGCACUCGCCUACCUGAACCGCAAUCGCACGUGGAAAACGACGGUCCAAUUCGCAAUCGCGAUAAGUCUAUGAAGGAGAAGCAAAAAGCAAACGCAGAAAAGCAUCAGAGAAUCAGUGAAUCAAAAAUCAAAGUUGGUGAUUAUGUCCUUGUCAAGCGUGAUGGGCAUAUUGGUAAAUACACCACUCCUUUUGAUACCAGACCAUUGAAGGUCGUAGCGAUAAAAGGUUCGCAAAUCGUUGCAUCUCGUGGCUCAUACCGCGUAACGCGAAAUUCAUCAUGCUUCAAAGUCCUGAAAGGUCGACAUGACACUUGUGUGGCAACAGGUGAUUACGACGAUGUGCUAUUGCCACAAAUAGCAAACCCCCAUCCUCAAAACCAAUCUCCUAUGGUAGCACGAAGAAAUCCCAUUCGCGUUCGUGCUCCUCCACGAUAUCUGAAUGACUAUUAUACUUGA